AUGGAUGCUGGACAGCUCAGAAGUCGCCAAUACCAGUUCCUUAAUGGCCAUAACUUUGACAACAACAAUAGUUCACUAAAUUAUAAUCACCCUAGUUACGUAGGAUGAAAUUUUCAUUGUUGGUCAAUCGAGUUCAUUAUCCACAGUUUUAAGAUAAGUAAUACUGUGGAUUACACACUGGAGACCACCCCACAAAUAUACAACCCUUAUGGGUUCAGAUGAGGGGAUGGAACUAGACACACCCAAGCUCUUGAGGAGUGCGAUGAUGGAAACAACGACGGGGAUAAUAGUGUGAAUAUUUAUAAUUUCCAAUGCGAUGAAAACUGUUUCAUAAAGUAUGAUUCUAGUUGGAGUAAGGAUGAUCAUGGUUCUUUGAUUGACGCUGUCUGUGGAGAUGGACUCUACUCUCCUCAAGAGGAAUGAGAUGAUGGAAAUAAAGAUGAUGGGGACGGCUGUGAUCAGAAUUGAGCAAUCGAAUCAGGUUAUCAGUGUUAUGGAAUGGAUAACCAAACCUGAGAAAUUUACUGUGGAGACGGUAUAAAGACUGGCUCAGAACAAUGUGAUGAUGGAAACUUAAUCGCAGGUGAUGGCUGAGCUGCUAAUUGAACCUUUGAAACAGAUCUUACUUGAACUGGCCAAGGAGCAUCAAUUCAGUGUUCAAGAAUAUGUGGAAAUGGCAUCUUGCUUGCAAGUGAUAACCUCACUACUUACUGUGAUGACGGUGACCAAGCUGAUGGUGAUGGAUGUGAUAGCAACUGUGCUGUAGAAACAGGUUAUAAUUGCACUUCAAUCAACCUUGGCACAAGUGUCUGAGAACCUAUUUGUGGAGACGGUAUACAGAUUAGCCCAGAGCAAUGUGACGAUGGAAAUUUGAUUGUAGACGAUGGUUGAGCUGCAGACUGAACAAUUGAAACAGAUUUCAACUGAACUGUCCAAGGAACAAUAAGUCAGUGCUCAAGAAAUUGUGGAAAUGGCAUCUUACGUGCGAGCGAUGAACUCAGUACUUACUGUGAUGACGGUAAUCUUGAUGAUGGAGAUGGAUGUAAUAGCAAUUGCUCUGUAGAAACAGGCUAUACUUGCACUUCAAUCAGCCUUGCUACAAGUAUCUGAGGACCUAUUUGUGGAGACGGACUCAAACUCGAAUUAGAGGCUUGAGAUGAUAGCAAUGUUGCAGAUGGAGAUGGAUGUAGUUCCAACUGAACUAUUGAAGACAAGUCUAUGUGUGUAGACCAGACUCCUACAGGCCCAAGUGUGUGAAGGGUGUGCGUAAUUGAGCACUGCAAAGAAUGAGAUCCAUCUGAUUACGACAAAUGACAGACAUGUGAAGACCUCUACGAGCUCAAAAACCCUACUACUUGAUACUCAUACUCAAUCUUCGAAGUCUCAGAAAGCGCCCAGCAAAUGUCAUCUGGGUCACAGGCAGUCUCAGGAGUCAGUGCUGGUGCAACAGUUGGGGUGUCGUUACUUAAUUUGUCAUCUCUGGCAGCGAUCUGGUCCAUUGUAAACCAACUACAGUUAUUUUUGUUGUUGCUGCUAACCAAAACACCAUUUCCAGGUGAUGUCAAAGCUUUGAUUCUUGGAAAUGAACUCAUGCAGUUUAAUCUGGAUUUAUUGCCAGUCAGAGCCUUACCGAAGAUGCCUGAAGUCAUGGACUGGCUCAAGAUCGAUCAAGACAAUUCCUACCUUGAAACCAUUGGUGUGGAGUCAAGCACAAGUCUGCUCAACAAUUUUGGAUUUGCAUUGUGUAUGCUCUUGAUGCUGGCUCUGUAUCCUUUAGUGAUGACAUUGAAGCUCUGAGUGAACUAUGAAAACGAGAAUAAAUGCAGUGUGAAUUACCUGAUGAUUUUGAUAAUUGACUUGUUCAACUUCACAAUCUACAUCAGACUAGUACUUGGAGGGUUCCAGCUGUUGCUCAUUUGCUGUAUAUCAGAAGUUAUUAAGUUUGACCUUGAAACCAUUCCCAACAUCAUCUCGAUGAUGUUUUCAGUAUUGAUACUAACUGUCUGAGUUGGAACAAUUGCUCUUUCUUUCUAUAUCUUCUACUCAAAGAGGGACUUCCACGAUCCUGAUAAGUACUAUAAGCUCAAUGAGUUCAUCACUGGACUCAAGAACACCAGAUAUGCAAGGAUCUAUCCUUUCUUGGGCUUAAUGAGAAGAACCAUGUUCGUGAUAUGGCUACUUACAUUCACAUGGCUCGAGUGUGUGUAUUUGACUGCUGGUAUGAUGGUCGUUCAGAUAUUCUUUGUACUGAGCCUCGUCACUCUAAGACCCUUCGAUCGGCCAGAGAACAACCUGAUCGAAAUCGUCAACGAAAUAAUCUACACCACUCUGCUAUCGAUAAUGAUUAUCUGUGAUAAAGUUGAUGAAUGGUCAAGUACAGUUACAAACAUAUUCUGCUACAUAAUCCUUGCAAACUCAUUGGUCAUCACUUUCAUAAUGAUCGGUGCUUUGUUAGUUUCAUUAUGCCAGAAAUGAGCCAAGAAGAAAUCUGGAACAACCACGAGCAGAGUGCAGCCAAUCCAGGAGGUUUCGCAACAACGAAUGGGGAACACCUACAAUACGCACAGAGUAAACUCUGAUCUUUCAAGCAUCAAGAUCAUCACCACUGACGACAGCCACAACAUUGCCAAACUCUUCGAAGAGGCCAGGAAAAAGUCUAAGAACUCAAAGAUGCAGACUAAAAGACAGGAAAUUAAGUUCUAGUUAUAAUCUUCAGUUAAUCUUUAUUAUCUCA